GGGGCUGGAUGAGGCCGGCAGCCUUGCCCCGCUCCUUGUUACGCAUGCGCGACUGGGAGCUUGCCUAAGAAGUUCGUAGCCUUUGUCAGGCCCGGGAUGGGAGGUUCCAGACUCGUAGGAUCGAGCCAGGCUCGAGAGUGACCCUACCUGACCGAAGCCUUUCAGCAGAGCUCCUAGAGGAAAGGCAGGAAGGAGGACCGCGAGGCCUCGGGGGCUUCUCACUUUUCUGUCCAGAGGUCUGAAUUGGGGGGAAGGUCAGAAUCUUCAGAACCAGAAGGAAGUGGUGAUCAUGGACACAGAUUUGGCCGAAAUGCCCGAGAAGAGAGUUCUGUCUUCCCAGGAUUCGUCCUUUUCCCAAGAGAAGAGCACAGAAGAGGGAGAAGUGGCAGCACUGCGCCUCACAGCCAGAUCCCAGGCAUCAGUGACAUUCAAGGAUGUGGCCAUGGACUUUACCCCAGAGGAGUGGGGGAAACUGGAUCCUGCACAAAGGGAUGUGAUGCUGGAGAACUAUAGGAACCUGGUCUCGCUUUGGCUUCCAGUUUCCAAGCCUGAGAACUACUAUUUGGAGAAUGCAAAAGAACCAUUGAUGCUUGAGAGAAAAGCCCCUAAAAGUGGCUAUUCAGACUUGGAGACUAGCCCCGAGAGCAAAGAUGCAACUUCAGUGCAAGAUUUUUCUAAAGAGGAAUCAUGCCAGGUUGCAAUUAUAGACAGACUGACAAGAAAUAGUGUCUAUGACUCCAACUUGGAAACAACUCUUGAAUGUGAAAAUUGGUUAGAGGAUCAGCAAGGAAAUCAGGAAAGACACUUGAGAGAAAUGUUCACUCACAUGAAUUCACUCUCUGAAGAAAGAGCUCAUGAGCAUGAUGUAUAUUGGAAAAACUGUAGUCAGAAAUCUGUCCUUCUCACUCAGGACAGAGUUCCCAAAGGCUCCUAUGCCUUUCAUACACUUGAAAAAAGAUUGAAACAGAAAUCAAACUUAAUGAAAAAGCAGAGAACCUAUAAAGAGAAAAAGCCUCAUAAAUGUAAUGAUUGUGGUGAGCUCUUUACGUACCAUUCAGUGCUUAUUCGACACCAGAGGGUCCAUACUGGAGAGAAACCCUAUAGCUGCAGUGAAUGUGGGAAGUCUUUUAGCCACAGAGCUAAUUUAACUAAACAUCAGAGAACUCAUACUAGAAUUCUCUUUGAGUGCAGUGAAUGCAAGAAAGCCUUCACAGAAAGCUCAUCCCUCGCAAUACAUCAGAGAAUUCACAUUGGAGAGAGACCUUAUGAAUGCGGUGAAUGUGGGAAAGGUUUUAAUCGAAGUACGCAUCUUGUGCAGCAUCAGUUGAUUCAUACUGGAGUGAAGCCUUAUGAAUGUAAUGAAUGUGAUAAAGCUUUCAUUCAUUCAUCAGCACUUAUUAAACAUCAAAGAACUCAUACUGGAGAGAAACCCUAUAAGUGUCAGGAAUGUGGGAAAGCCUUUAGCCAUUGCUCAUCCCUUACUAAACAUCAGAGAGUUCAUACUGGAGAAAAGCCAUAUGAAUGUAGUGAAUGUGGAAAAACCUUUAGCCAGAGCACACAUCUUGUUCAGCAUCAGAGAAUUCAUACUGGAGAGAAGCCCUAUGAGUGUAAUGAAUGUGGGAAAACCUUCAGCCGGAGCUCAAAUUUUGCUAAACAUCAAAGAAUUCACAUUGGAAAGAAACCAUACAAAUGUAAUGAAUGUGGAAAAGCCUUCAUUCAUUCAUCAGCUCUUAUUCAACACCAGAGAACUCAUACUGGAGAGAAACCUUAUAGAUGUAAUGACUGUGGGAAAAGCUUUAAAUGCAGCUCAUCCCUCAUCAGACAUCAAAGAAUUCAUACUGAAGAGCAACCCUGAAAAAUUACUGAAUGUGAAGAAAUGUAAGUUGGUUUUUAUCACUGUUAAAUACCUGAGUAUUUAGGUGGAAAACCCAUAAAAUGGUGCUUGAGGACCAAUUCUGUAUGGUUCUGAUUUUACUGGCAUAAUAACAUAGUUUUGAGCUGUAGAGGAAUAUUCCUUAUAUCUCUUGUGUUGAUCAUUAUGAAAGCUUCUGGCCAGAGAUCUCAAAUUUUGAUCUGUAACCCCCGCUAAUACCGUUUUAUGGAAAUUCAAGAAAUUCUUGAGCAUGGGUAGCAAUAUAAUCAUUGUGAAAUCCAGUUCCUCCGUCUCUGUCUCAUCAAAACCCUGUUACAGCUUCUCACUUUGUAGGGAAGUUCUUAUUUGGUACGGUAGGCAGAGGGUUCAUAUCCUUAUCAUCGGGAAGACAGUCAUUUCUUUUUUAACCCAAAGUAGAGAUCCAGGUAUACAGAUAGUGACAUUUCUCCAGAGAGUGUCAUUUCUUUUACAUUAGCUAUAAAAACUUAAAAGUUGAGUUAAAAUAUGCUUCAGAUUCUCUCCCUCCUCCCAGAAGCUACUGUCUAAUUUGAUGAACGUAAAUAGAAUGUAUUUACAGCAGGUUCUAAGUUGCGUUCACAUAGAUUAUGCUGGUCAUAGAUUUAGAUAAUUGCUACCUCUCUGGAAGUUACCCUGAAGUAGAGAAUGGGUCAAAAUCUUAACUGUAGUUUUUGAUCAAGUCCCUCUUAUCCUUGGCAUUGAAUGAAUCCUUGGUUUUCUAUAAUCAGUGUUAGGGAAAUUUCAUUUCUUUACAUCAUUCUUCUUUCUGUAAACUGUGCUUCAUCUCCUGGGAUGUUGAGGGUCUGAAAAGUUGAUGGGUUGAAUAUGUUGUUAUAUUUAGGGUCCCAGUCAAGAAGAAGAACUGAAGCAACUGUGAGACACAAGGACAUACCUUCCUGUCAGAUAUGGAAAAUAGCUCACAGGACAGUGAUCACUUGAGGAUAAGCAGCUUUCCUCCAUGAAGAAGAAGUUGCCCUUUCUCUGGCCUUCAUGUUUACCUACGUUUUUUUGUUGUUGUUCUUGUUCUCCCUAUAUGUUGGCCGGUCUUUGCUAUAUCUCAGAGCCCUAAGAAGGUAGAAAAGGCACAAAACCACAGUGAUAUAUUGACAUAAGUUACAUGGGUGACCAAAGACCAGUAGUGGGAUAGGAAACACAAAAGCAAAAGUUCAAAUAAAUAUUUAGCAAAACACUACACAAAUGUCAGUUAUUAUUGUUAUUCUAUUAUAUUAUGUGAAAAGAAGAUUAUAGAAAAGAUAGAGGAAAAAAAGUAGUUACAGAUUUCUUCUUUCUCCUCUCCUAGACCCUGUCCUUUAGGAACAUUCAGCAACCAGUCCAUGCUCUUUCCCCCUCCACGUUAUCCCUGUUGCUUCUUGUAAUUCCCUCUCUGUAGACCUUAGUUCUAUUACUGCAGAAAAGUAGAGGAAUAGAGUUUGAAGAAGUGGUGGUAGUGGAAAGCAAGGUCAUUAAGGAUGAAUCAAGUAUAAAUUCAGCAGUGGCAGAAAUCAACAUGAGAUGGAAAAGAUUGGGAAGAAACUUUGGAAAGAACAAAAAAAACACAUUGAAGGGGAUCAGGGUGGGUGGGAAGGCUCAAGGUCUGAGGUCAGGGUAGGAGAAUGGCUGACACAGGAACAAGAUAAAGGAAAAGGAGCUCAACCCUUUUUGCCACCUUAAUAUUCAAUACUCAUGGUCUAAAGCAGAAAUCGGCAAACUAUUGCCUGGACUUGCAGACCAAGUCCAUCCUGCUGCCUAUUUUUGUAAAUAGUGUUUAAUUGGAACUUGACCAUAUUCAUUCAUUUACAUGUUGUAUUUGGCUGUUUUUGUGCUACAGUGGCAGAGUCAAGUAGUUGCAGGAGAGGUUACGUGUCCCGAGAAGCCUAAAAUACUUGCUGUUUCUCAAUACGUCAUGUGUUGCUUAAUGAUGGGGAUACAUUCUGAGAAAUGUGUCACUAGGUGAUUUUGUCACUGUGCAAAAAUCGUAGAGUGAACUUACACAAACCUAGAUGGUAUAGCUUACUACACACCUAGGCUAUAUGGUACUAAUCUUAUAAGACCACUGUCGUAUACGUGGUUUGUUGCUGACUGAAAUGUUGUUAUGCAGCACGUGACUGUAUGCCAAAUGCUCAUGUGAAAAGAAAUUCAUCAUUUGGGGGCCAAUAUUUGACUAACAAAAUAAGAUAAACAAGGGUUUUCCAAAGCUGGGUUUGAAUUCUGCCAUCUCCACUUAGCAGUUAUGUGGCCUUGAAAAGCUACUUACUCUUUCUGGCCUCAGUUUCUUUAUCUGUAAAGUGGGAAUAAAUCACCCCUCUCUGAUAAGGUUGUUGUGAGGAUUAACUAAGACAAAGCAUGUAAAAGACCUAGCACACAAUAAAUUAUAUAGAGAGCCUCUCUCUCUCUCUAUAUAUACACGUAUAUGUGUGUAUAUAUAUGUGUUAAUGAACUGGUGUCUUAGUCCAUUUGGCUGCUAUAACAAAAUACCAUAGACUAAGUGGCUUAUUUAUAAAGCAGCAGUCUCAAUUCUGGAGACUGGGAAGUCCAAGAUUAACACCCUGGCAGAUUCCGUGUCUUUUGAGAGCCUGUUUCCUGGUUCAUAGACAGCCAUCUUUUCACGGUGUCCUCACAUGGUGUAUGGACAAGGGAGCACCUUCUGGGUCCUCUUUUAUAAGGGCACUAAUCCCCUUCAUGAGGGUUCUGCCCUCAUGACAUAAUCACCUCCCAAAGGCCCUACCUCCUCAUACCACCACAUUGGAGGUUAAGUUUCAGCAUGAAUUUUGGGGGGACACAAACAUUCAGUCUAUAGCAAGUGGCUAGACAUCAAUUAGAAAUUACUUAAGAAUGAGUGUAUCUGCCACACUUUUUGUUUACUGAUUUAGAACUGUGACCAUCCUGCUCUGGCUCAAAGAAGGGGCCUCACUUCUUUCUGCUCUUUCUUCCAUCUGGUGCUGCUCCCUACACAGCCUCCUGGAGACCUCAUGGAAUCUGCUUUUUUUUCCUUCUGAGUAUCACUUAACCAGGAGCCAUCUGAUGGUUCCAGAGACUCAAGUUUGUAAUCCGACUGCAGUUUAAAUAGUGUUAAGGGACUUGCUCUAAGCUAGUUUUACUGAGAACUCUGGCCCUUUGCAUUUCAGUAUUUGUUCUUUUUAUGCUUGGUGUUCAAUCUGACUACGUAUUUGUACUUGACAUGACUCUUGGAAGUUUUAGUGUUCUUUUCAAAUGUUUUUGGUUACCUAUAAACCAAAUUUGAGUGUUCUUACUGGCCCACUCUCAAUAAAGAUGUUGUUUAUCUAUUUUUUGUCAAAAA